UAGCGUGCGCAGCUACGGUAAUACACUAAUACUACAGCAGUUGUUGAGUCAGCGGUUCUGGGUUGGAGACAGAGAGAGAGAAGUUUUCAGUUUCAGAAAGAAAGCAAAAGCAAUAGCAAUGGGUUGGAUCGGUGAGACUGUUGAUUCCAUCAAAUCUCUUCAGAUCCGCCAGGUCCUCACCCAGGCUGUGAGCCUAGGCAUGAUUGUUACGUCUGCACUGAUAAUAUGGAAGGCAUUGAUGUGCGUUACUGGCAGUGAAUCUCCCGUUGUUGUUGUUCUUUCUGGAAGCAUGGAACCCGGAUUCAAGCGGGGAGACAUCUUGUUCUUGCACAUGAGUAAAGAUCCUAUUCGGGCAGGGGAGAUUGUUGUGUUUAAUGUUGAUGGACGUGAGAUUCCAAUUGUUCAUCGUGUAAUUAAGGUACAUGAAAGGGAAGAUACUGGGGAGGUUGAUGUUCUCACAAAAGGAGACAACAAUUAUGGGGAUGACAGGCUACUGUAUGCUCAUGGUCAACUUUGGCUGCAAAGGCACCACAUUAUGGGUAGAGCCGUCGGGUUCUUACCAUACGUAGGCUGGGUGACCAUCAUUAUGACUGAAAAGCCUAUUAUCAAGUAUAUUCUCAUUGGUGCUUUGGGGUUGCUCGUGAUAACUUCGAAAGAUUAAAUGAUGAAUAUGAAGUCAAAACUGCGGUCUAACUUCGGAUGGUAGGGUGAGCAGAAUAUAAUGUUAAGAUUAAAAGAUGAAUCUGAAAUCAUUUUGUACCAUUCAUAGUAUAUGGGGGACAAUAUGAUGUUAAGGAUUUAUGCAAAAUAGUUGAAUUUUGGUAUAUUCUUACUUCUUCCUACUCCUUGAUGAGUUGGUAUCUGACUGAAACCCCUCUUCCUUUGCAUUUUGAGUGAAACCCCCCUUCCUUUAUAUUUUAAUUUGGUGCAGUUUAAGAUUAAGCAUAUAAAUCAGCUGUUCCUUA